CAUCGAAAUCGUUGACAAUAAUUCCAUUGCAAUGCAAAAAGUUACAAAAACAAAGUUGUUUGCUGUAUCAGACAUAAAUUAAUUCUAUACAGUAAAAGUUGCAUUUAAAAGCUGUCGCAGGUUGUAAUAUCUUUCGUUUUAACCGUUUCUGUAUAUAGAACUUCCCAUCAUAUAACCUAAAAUGUUUCGUCUACCGGUUAAGACACGGUUAUUUCAUCAUCAGAUGGGUAUUCGGACUAAAACCUCAAGUAGUGCUAUUCGGAGUACAUUUAUAGAAUAUUUUGUGGGACAACACGGUCACAAGCACGUUAAAUCCAGUCCCGUCAUCCCACUUUGUGACCCUACAGUGCCGUUUGUAAAUGCUGGAAUGCACCAGUUCAAAGGCGUGUUCCUAGGCACAGUGGAACCCCCAUGUUUCCGAGCAGUGAACUCCCAGAAGUGCAUCAGAGUGGGCGGCAAGCAUAAUGACUUAGAUGUGGUGGGAACAGAUGGUCAUCAUCAUACUUUCUUUGAAAUGCUGGGCAACUGGUCCUUUGGUGAUUAUUACAAGAAAGAGGCAUGUCAGAUGGCAUGGGACCUGUUGCUAGGUCCGUACAGAUUAAAGCCGGAGAACCUUCUGGUGACCUACUUUGCAGGUGACGUGGUCAUCGGUCUCACUGAGGACAGGGAGUGCAGGGAUAUUUGGAAACAAAUUGGUGUACCUCAAAGCCGGCUUAUAGCCAAAAAUGCUGCUGACAAUUUCUGGGAGAUGGGAGCCACGGGUCCGUGCGGUCCGUGCACUGAGAUACAUCACGUGAACACAGAUGGCUCGCUCACUGAGAUAUGGAAUAUUGUCUUUAUACAGUGUAACAGAGAAUCGGACACAAAAGUGAGCAGUCUCCGUCGGCAGCACGUGGACACCGGCAUGGGGCUGGAGCGGCUGGCGGCGCUGCUGCAGCGCGCGCCGACCAACUACGACACUGACCUCUUCCAGCCUAUCAUUCGGGCUAUUGAAUCGAACAGAAAGAGCGCAGCGCCGUACUCCGGGGGUUACGGCGCCGCAGCCGCGGCGGACGCGGCGUACCGGCGGCUGGCGGACCACGCGCGCAUGCUCAGCGUGUGUCUGGCCGACGGGGGCUUCCCUGCGUCCAGCCUGAACCUAAAACAAAUCAUGCGUAAAUCAUUCAAAAUAUCAACGGACAUAUUCCAAAACCCACACCUACCUUACCAUCUCUACGACCAAGUGGCCUCUACCCUUGGUUCCACAUACCCCGAGCUGAUCUCCAAGCAAAAAGAAGCCAAAUUGGUGAUCGAACACGAAGAACAUGCAUAUAAGAAGAUGAGAGCGGGCUUGGAGAAGAAGUGGAAGGAUCUGGUAAAGAGGUACCCGGAGAUUGAAGAACUGAAUGAUGUCGAAAUGAGCGGUUUCCACUUGGGCUACACUGAGCUUAAGGAGAAGAUGUCUAAACACAAAUCAACUACAAUACCAGGGGAAUUAGUCUUCAAAUUGUAUGACACUUACGGUUUUCAAGAAGAUCUUAUACAAAGAAUAGCUAAACUAAACAAUUUAGAUAUAGACAAAAAAGGAUUCUGGAAACUUCUCGCAGACCACAAAUCGAGGCACAAAACCGCUUUUAAAGAGCAAAGCUCGAAUAAGGGCAUUUUAUUUGACAGCGCUGUUAAAGAAAUGGUCAAAAGUGGGCACAAAUCAACUAAUGACCAACCGAAAUAUAGCUACGAGAUUAUUGAUAAUAAAAUUGUACAUAAACCCCUGAAAACUAGAUUAUUAGCCAUAUUAAAUGAAGACUGCGAGUGGAUAGACUUUUCUGAGCCAUGCGAAAAUAGGCUUUAUUAUUUCGUAACAAAAGAUACAAAUUUCUACUGCGAAGAAGGUGGACAAUCAGCCGAUAGUGGUGUCAUACGUGUAAAUGAAGAUAUGUGUAUGAAUGUAGAGACUGUUUUCAAAAUACGUGGCUUUGUUUUUCAUAAGGGUUAUUUUAAAAUGAAUAGAAAUACUGAUAACAAAUUGUAUGUGAAUAAUAAAAGUGCAGUUACAUUGGAAAUAGAUAGUGAGAAACGUUUGAAUAUGAUGAGAAAUCAUACGGCGGUUCAUUUAUUAAAUGCGGCUAUACGUAAAGUGCUGCCAAAUAGUGUUGUCUGUCCGGUUGGUUCGAGUGUGAAUGAUAAAGGGCUAUCUUUAAAUUUGAUGGUGUAUGGUGAGAAAUUAUCUCCGAAAGUAAUACUAGACGCACAAGACCUAAUUAGACAAUCUAUAAAAUCCAACGCGCCGCUUCAAACAAACAUAUUAGACAGCAUUCAGGUUCCCUUCGACUCAGUGGUAACGGUCCCCGGGGAAACUUACCCUGAGACUGGGCUCAGGUUGGUCACCGUCGAACCACCGCUUGUAUCCAAAGAGCUAUGCUGUGGCACCCACGUGCCGUCCACCGGCGCGGUGGGCGAGUUCUGUGUCGCGCUGGUGAAGUCUCCCGGCGGACAGGCGCCGGUCAUACACGCCCUGACGGGAGACAGCGCUAUCCAGGCUCGCGAACUAUUCUGCCGCGCCGAGAAACUGAACCAGGUGAUCGAUCUCGUGGACCCUGAGCGGAGGAGAGAAGAAGUCUCGUCCCUGAAGAGACAGCUGCAAGAGUUGUGUGGCACUAGUGGCGCCCCCUACGGAGAAUAUGCUCAAUGUCUCACCUUGUUGGACGGGCUUAUGAAGAAGAAGGUGAACACUGAUGAGCUGGCUUUGCAAGCCAUAGCAGACGAGGAGCUCCGGUCGGCGUUCUCGUCAGCGUCGGCGUCGGGGCGGCGCUUCGUGGUGCACUUCGUGCGCUGCUCCUACCUCAUGCAGCACUGCGGGCUCGCGCGCGCGCUGCACGCGGCGCCCGCGCGCGCGCCCGCGCUGCUGCUGGGCUGCGCGGGCGGCGUCGUCGUGGCCGCCGCCAGGGUGCCGAAGACGAUGGUGACGGCGUCGUUCACAGCGGACACGUGGCUGCGCUGCAUCCUGCCCGUGUUCAGCGCGGAUGUGGAGCCCUCAGACUGUCCGCACGAGUACGCCCAAAUGACUGCCACCAAGGUGAGCCUGAUCAACUGCGAACAGCUGGUGCAGGACGCGAUGCGCGUCGCGAUAAAGUUCGCGCAGGCGCACUCUGCGCAGCUCGGCCGAGCCGAGACGCGGCAGCGGAACUGAUCUUAUGUCUCUUUCUCGAGGCUCUCCGUUUCAUGUUAGCAGUUUUGUUCGGGAUUGUGACGCCGCGUACCACGUUUUCAGCGUAAAAAUUGACUAAGAUGCGUCGAUAACCUCUAAAAGCCGACUGGCAAAUAAUGGAAAAUUCUAGUAUUAGAGGCCAUGAUCCUCUUUAGUAGAUGAGCCAGCGAAGUAAAUUUUUUAAAGAUUUGGCUGUGAUUUUACAACCGGCCCCCUGUCUGACGUCAACACUUCUUGCGGAUGCUUUUGUUGCCUAUCAGAUGCCUAGUCUAUGUUUCUUAGUCGCCUCGCAUGAAAUCCACGGGCGGAUUUAGAGUGGUCCUAUUCUAGGACGGAACCACACGUACUUGUUGUAUAUGCGACUACGAUAGAUUUAAAAUAUCGUUUAGGAUAAAGUCGGGUGCAUAAUGUUUUAUAAUUACUCAUCAGAUUGGGAAAAUAACAGCGAAAUUUAUUUCUAGUCUUUUAUUAAGUUUCAAAAUUAAUCCAAUUUAAUCGAAAUAUUGAAUAAAACUCAACUAGUCUUCCUAUGUAUUGUAAGUAUUUAAUCUGCAGCUAUUUUUGUAAAUAAAUGUCCGAUUUAAA